CCCGCCAGGCGGGGGGGAGGGAACGAGCGAGCGCGAGAGGGAGGGAAGCAGGCAGGCUGGCUGGGUCGCUCGCGGCGCUCGGAGCAGACGACGACGACAACAACAGCGGCGGCAGCAGCAGCCAACGGUCACGGCAGUAAAACGUCCACUUUUCUCCGGGGGUUGUCACGGGAUUUCAAUGAGCAGCCUGCCCUUUUGUUUCUGUGUUGAUUUGGUCCGCACAUUUAUGGCGUUUCUGAGCGUCAGCGGAGACUUCUGCCAGGCACAGCACCUCGCCUUCGCGGACAAGUGAACCGUCGGUUGUCCUUGCCGAGACUACGCCGCCCGGAAGCCCCCGUAGACGCCCUUGGACGCCAGCAAUCUGGGACUAAACUGCUGCUGUUACCAGCCCUGGGGGGACCUUCGUAGUCGUUGGCUCACGCCCUGUACCGUCACAGGCUGAACUGUCUUCUGACUCCACCCCCUCUCUCUAAACCUCCAAUCAGACCACCUCUCCUGAAUGGGGUAAUCUGUUGCAAUUGUCUGAUUGGAUGACUGAAGGAUAGUCCCUCCCCCCCUUUUCUUUUUCGGGGGCAUUGUGGACUUGACACCCCUUAUUGCCCUCCCCCUGUUUCCUCUCUCCACAUCCUGUUACCCCCCCCCUUAUUUAAGUUUUGUAAUUUAAUUUUUAUAUAUAUAUUUCUACUUGGCACAUUUGCCGGUAAAGAAAAAAAGUCCUCGCUGACAUCUGAGCCAAAGUCCACUUUUUUUUAAAAUUUAAUUGCAAUUUUUUAGACCUUUUUUUGGCGUAGUCUUUUCUUUACUUGCCAACAUGAACCGUCCUGCCCCCGUCGAGAUCACCUAUGAAAGCAUGAGGUUUCUAAUAACCCACAAUCCCACCAACACCACUCUGAACAAGUUCACAGAGGAGCUAAAGAAGUACGGAGUCCACACGCUGGUCCGCGUCUGCGAUGCCACUUACGACAAAGCGCCAGUGGAGAAGGAAGGGAUUCAAGUCUUGGACUGGCCCUUCGACGACGGAGCCCCUCCCCCCAGCCAGAUCGUCGAUGAUUGGCUGAAUCUGUUGAAAACAAAGUUCCGGGAGGAGCCAGGGUGCUGCAUCGCGGUGCACUGCGUGGCUGGGUUGGGCCGAGCACCUGUCCUGGUGGCCUUAGCCUUAAUUGAAUGUGGAAUGAAGUAUGAGGAUGCGGUCCAGUUUAUACGACAGAAGAGACGUGGAGCCUUCAACUCCAAACAGCUGCUUUACCUCGAAAAAUACCGACCCAAGAUGCGCCUGAAAUUCAAGGACGCAAACGGUCACAACUGCUGCAUUCAGUAGAUAGAAAGUGGGUGGGGGGAGUUAAUGAUGAUGAUGAUGAUGAUUAGAAAAUUGAAUUGAGAAAAUUAAGAAAAAAAUGCCCUCGCAGUCAUGAGCCUCCUGCAGCAUGGAACUACGUGGUCAGUCUGCUUGGUGGAGCGUGUUUUUAACAAAGGAUAAAUGUCUCUAUAUUUUAGCUUCAUAAUUGUGGUGAAGGAUUCCAUGUUGUUUUUUGUAUCGUGGUUGGUUGGAACUUGAUAGGUGAUGGAUUGUGUCCCUUUUGGAUUGUUCUGUCUACCCUAAAAACAAAAAUCAGUUUCUGUAUUUUGGAGGGGUGGAUUGGAUCUUCUUGGGGCCAGGGAGCGGAGGGGUGCAGAGAUCACUCUUUGGAAACCUCAGCAAUGUUUUUAGUUCAGUAAACUUUUGCACAGUGUCCAAAAGGUUCCGGUUGAAUGCAGUAAUUAUGAUUUUUUUUUCUUGGGGGGGGGGGUGAGGGAGGAGGUCAAAUGAGAUUUUAUAAUAAAGCAGAAAUCGUUGUUUCUUAAUCAUCCUUUAGAGUUUUUAUUUAAAUUCUAGAAUCACUAUUGUUAAAGCUGCCUCCCUCCCUCUGCCUUUUCUCCCUCUCGGCCACCCCUCUGUCUGUGCCCCUGCUGGCAGAGAAUGGGCAGUGCGGUUUCUCUGUGCCCUAGUCUGAAAGUGCUCUGUUAACGAGGGUGAAGGCAUUGCUUUAGAAAAGCUUCUUCCUGCCCUUUUACUGUCCCAAGAGCUUCCUGUCAUUUUUUUUUUAUUGUCAACUAGAUGACAAUCUGCCAGUAAAGGUACUGCCACCUGCAUGGAGAAACACAGGCCUCACCCCAGUCACACUGCUGGAUUAUAGAACGUUUCUUUCAACACCACUGUAAGGUGUCAAGAAACAUUUAAUGGCAACACUCAUCUCAUUGUGUAUCUUAGUGUUUCCAUAAUUUCAUUGUUGAAGGGGUGGGAGGAUUCCCAGCCAGCCAGAUCUCUUAAAAGCUUCCUUUAACGUUUUUAAAUAAAAUGAAAUUUCUCCUCUUUUAAAGUAUUUUGGACUUGGAAGCGUUUUUUCUUUCUGGAAGGUAGAUAUAGUGGACUUAUCCUUUCAACUUGCUGUAUGGUUUUAAAAUCAAAUUGCAUGUCUUCACAUGCUAGUAUACCAUGAUCAUGUUGGCACAUACCAGCUAAUUAACAGACAACCAAUUAUUUCGCCAAGCUUAUUUUAAAUUGUUUUUCCAAGCCUGGGUAGAUUAAAUCAUUGUGGCUAAAUGAUUCAGCACUUUAGGAAUAAUUAGUCCUGGAGGAAACCUGGGAAGAAAGUUCGGCAGUAUAAGUGAAGCUGUCUGGAUAUCUUCUUGUUCUGUGUUGUCCUAGUGCUGUUAGUUUCUCUCAUUUCUGACUGUGAGGCGACGGCUUCUAUCUGUAAAGAAUGUGCUCAUUCUCGGCAUCUGUUUGACACUUGGCCUGUGGAGCAAUUACAAAGGGGUGCUCUCUUGCGGCAUUUUUUAACUGAAAUAUGAAACACGAGUUAAGACACUGAGCUAGAAAUUACGUUCUCUUAGGCCCCUGGCCUGUCAUUCUUAUUUCAGCAUCCAAAAAAUCAUUUGCCCACCCACCGCUUCAGUGGGGAGCACGGGCGAUGCGAUGUUCCAGAUUGAGUUGUAGGUCAGGCCUACCCGGCUUCUACAGGACUGUUGAUUUGAUCUUAUUGGCUGGUCUGCAUGAAAGCUGCCUGGCGAGCAGGCGGUGACGCCAUGGGGCCUCUGCACCGCAUUUACGGGGGUGACAAGCAAUUGAAGCCGCUUCUCGCAUGAAGGGGUGAAACGCAGGUUAUCCUCAUCCCUGUCCCGUGCCAGUAUGCCUUAAUGCUAGUAGCUGCGGCCACUAGCGCGCUUGACCUAGCACAUUGAUGCGCAAUAUACAUCAGUCUUUUUUUUUAUUCCCCGUCAAGGAAUUUGAGAUUUACUGUAGUUGUUGCAGACAAAUUGCGCCAUUUUUAUUUUGUAAAGUGACAAUUACCUAGGAUUCAUUUUCAAACCCAGUCUCCUUUAAUAAAAUGUUUCAAAGUAAAUCCAACAUUGCUGUGCGGUAGCAGUUGACUGCCUUUUGGAAAUCUCUAUUGGCAAAACUGCACCGUAGGAAAGAAGACAAAGUCCGUUUCUGCUCCUGUGUUUUUUUUCCCCUCUUUCCUCAUGCUUUAUAUUUCUCAAACUGAUUUUUCUGUUUUGGGUGUGUUUAUACUAAGGGGGGUGUUUUUUUAUUUAAAUUGCAGUCUUUUAAUUUUUAAGCUUUGUUGCGAAAGAUGCAUUGCGCAUCUCUGCAUUGUUUUCAGGAGGUCAUGUGGAUUUCCUAACAAGUUUGAAGGGGGCUCUUAAGAAGGCAGAGAAUGGUUUAAAAAACAACUAUGGGGUUGAACACAUCCUAAGUGUCUGUUAUAAUCUCUUCCUGUUGACAGAAUUUAGUCUAUCAUGUAGUUUGUGCCAAGUUCCAUCACCGACUGAAAGAGCUGAGGGGCCGGGGACAAGGGGAGAGAACAUCACUUUUUUUUUUGACGGCUUGUACAUUUAGUAAUCCCUUGAAAUAAAGUUUUAAAUCAAAGCAAACAAUCGCA